CACACGUUCUAACUGGGGCGUGGGAGUCGUUUAGGACCGUUUUUUUUUUUUUUAAACCAUUAUUAUGAGUUCGGACGUGACCGGGCGCAUUAGGGCGUUUCCUAUCGUUUUACUAUGUAUUAUGUGCCAAUCAUGCUUCCGAUCCUUGUUAGCUGUUUUUAGUCAAGGCUCUACCUCCAGCUAUCUCGUUUUGCUUCAUGUUCUCAGCUAUGUAGGCUAACAGAAUAGCCCAUCAGAAAUAUUUAAACAAUGUCAAUAUAGGCCUAUGUGUUCAUCUGACAUCUGGUCAUCUGUGUUGAGUCUGGGCUGCCAUCUGUUCUACUGAAUUAAUUUAAUAAAUGUAACUUAGACUCAAAAACAAUGUAUUUAGUAGGCUAGGAUUUUUUGUAUUUACUACUUACUUACUAUGCCCAAUAUAUGAACAGUAGAUUUCGCCCUAAAAGUGAAAAAUUCCGAUUACAAAGGGCCAAAGGCAAUUUUAAUACAUUUGUCUGAACGUCUAGGCCAACUCGAAUCAGAUUCACAAUAACCGGACCACAGAUAGUAAAUGUCAGGCUGAGUUAACAAUAAAAACAAAAAGAAAUGUAUUGUGUGCACCCCGAACACAAUUGCAAACCCAAUGUUUACUAUUUAGACAGCUUCAGUCAUGUAACAGCACAUGAAACGAAAGUGAAAGAAAGCCUUUGGCUAAUUGUGCACUUCAUAAGCGUGCUGUCAGCUGGAGCCAUGGCUUCUUACUAUGAGUCGUCAGACGAUCAGCUGGAGGCUGGUAAGCUGUAUAAGUGGCAGUUCGAAUGCGGCCAAUGCUGGAUGGACAUAGCAAACGACCUCUUCCUUGAGGCGCAGUACUCCCAACCAUUCACAGCGGGCAUCACACUCUACAACACACCCUGGGGGGCCAUCUCCAUAGAUUUCCAAAAGCUGCAGGUGCGUCACAGACAGGAUGUGGGAGUUCGACGCCUGAGCUCCACGCACACCUCGUGGCUCUGGUACUUCAAGGGUGAGCAGGGAUGGAGCCAGUAUGGAGAGACGGACUCACAGGGGCGAUGCACCAAGGUUAACAGUGCCACUCUUGAGACAGAGUACCAGAGAAAUCCACAGGGCUCCUACCAGUUCAACUUCAGCUCCUACACUUAUGAGAUCAGAUUCAGAGACAUGUGUCAGGAAAACUUAAGCACUGCCUGUAAAAGACAAGUCCAACGCCGGCCCUCCUAUCCAGGCACUGUCUCCCCUUCCUCUGCUCCGGCAUACGCAGUCCAAACUCCACUGGCCCACUCCAUGAGUGCUCUGAACAUCACACCCCCCAAGUGGCAGUUCAGUGGAAAUGGUAAAAAUUGGCACGACUUCCAACACAGGGUGGGAACCAACUUGGAGUGUUCCACAGAUAGUGUCCUACUUGAGGCUGAGUACUGCAAGAACCCACAGGGAAGCAUUACUUUCACUGUCAGUGGACAGUCCUACCUGCUAGACUUUGCCACUAUGACCCAAACCAACACCGUCUUCGGGACAAUUCGCAAGGUCCGGCGUGUGUAGAGCUCCUCAGGCUUCAGCUCUGACGCUGUGGAACCAGAAACAAUCCUAUGAUGCCUAAACAGCACAGACAUGUCAACUGCCAGCUAACUGCCUUGAACUUCAUCCAUGUUUUUGUCAUAUUUACCUCAGGGUAAAGUUUACACCAACACUGCCUUCAUUGGGUCCUCUUAUGAGACAGAAGCCCUUCAUUUUGGGAGGCAUUUUUGAGAGGAUAGUAAGUAUGUCUGGGAUAAUUGUUGUAUAUGGAUUAUUUAGAUAGAAUAGAGAUUAUUAAUCAUUGAUCGAUCAUUAAUUAUGUGCCCCAGUUCUGCUUAAGGUUUCAUCCUGAUUGUUCCUUGCCCCUGUCGCCAUUGUGCUUGCUCUAAGAGGGGUUCAGGCCCUGGAAGUGCCUUGAGACGAUUUUAUUGUUUUGGCGCUAUAUAAAUAAAAUUGAAUUGAACUGAAUUGAAAGGGUUCCUGGGAGAAUUAAGAUGAAUAUACUCUAAGGUCUUUAAAAGAGACUGUUGUCCAGUGCUCAGACUGCUGCACAGGGCUGCUACUGCAGUGUUCUCAGGGUCAAAUGUGGAAGAUGAGUGAGAACACUUAAACUUUACUCUCCAUCAGACUGCCUUUCCACUUUCCACUUUUCUACUUUCCUUGGUCACUGCUAUUCUGCAAUGGGGUAGAUAAUGGGUGUGACUGAACACUUCAUUUUGUGGGGUGACUGUUGUGGUAAUAGGCAGGUAUAAUAACAAUUUGAGAUGUCUGAUAGUUAAUGAUCUUUACAUAAUAAAUGCACAGUAAUGAUACUGUUUACAAGCUGCACUUUCCAUAACCCUUCUCUCCUCAGAGUUUAAGAGGAAGGGCGUUUUGGAAAUGAAAUGCAAUAUUUUUGAGGGGAAAUUAACCUCUUUUUUCUUUCACUCAAGAGAUAAACCUGUAUUUAAGAACUGAGUGCUUCUGGUAAUGCAAACCGAUAUUAUAAAGCCAGGGAUGUGUUAUAUUUGAAAUAUGCUUCUCAAUACGCUUACCUCAUAUGUACUCAAAUGCCUUUAACUUUCUUUUGACUCUUUCGUUUACUGUCAAUGUAAUGUCUAUGUCAUUCUAUUAACUGCCUGGAAGAUUUGGGUGUGUUUACCUCUAACUCAACUGAUAGAAUAGUAGAAUAGUAGAACUGAUUCUGUUGUUCUGAAGUGUACUUGAAAUCCAUGCCAUGUGUCUGAUGCCGGCAACAUAACCUAUGCAUUGUGUGCAUGUGUGCGUGUGUGUGUGUGUGUGUGUGUGUGUGUCUUGAUGAUGUCUAAUAAACGCUGAGCACAGCUUCUGAAAUUCA